ACUAGCACGAUUAGAUGACACGAAUAUUAUGUAUUAACGAUAAACACGAAGAAAAGUAAAUGAGGAGAUUGAAGUUUCAAGUAUGAUAGCAUAGCUUAGUGGUUGGUUGCUUUGAUUUGAAGCAAUAAGUGAUGACAGGGUCUCUGGUUCGACACUUCACAGUUUCGAAUUUUUUUUAUUAUUUCACAGAAGCAAUCCGCGAGUGGCAGCGGGUAAAUUAGUCGAAAUUAGAGGGGUAUUUUGGUCAUUUUUUGAGUCCGGGUGUGUGAACCCGUUUUUGGAGGCCUAACCUAACCCUAGCUGCUCACAUUUUUCACUCGUUCUACCUCUCCUUUUUCAUCCUCUACAAUCGACGAUCCAACAAAAGAAAGAACGAAACAAACCUUUCUCCUUCCAUUCUUCUUCUCACUCGAUCCCCUCUUCUUUCUUCGCAAUCCAUCUCCUCAUGACUCCCAUUCCUCGACCUGUCUUUCCUCUAUUAUUCCCUAGGAACAACGAGGGGAAGGACCGAAGGGAGGGUCGACAGCGUCUAAAGGAAGACGGCGAUCGACACCGAUGACGACACCAACGAGGGUGACGGAGAGGGUGGAGAGAGAGCAUGACUGGACAGAAAGAGGGUCACCGCCGACGAGCACUGACAGUGUUGCCGACGGCAGACAUGGCAGGGUUUUUGCUCUUCGCUGUCUGUUUGUUCAGAGACGGGAAGGUGGGGAUGAAGAAAGAAGGGAGUGGUUUUUGCAGAAUUUUCGUUGUCUUGUCUUUUGAUCAGAAAAGAAAAAGAAGAAGGAAGAAGAAGGUGUCAGGUAAAGGAAGAGAGUCAGGGGAGUUUUUCUUGUUGUCUGUGUGUUCCUCUUUUUUGUUUGGAAUUUUGAGGAAGAAGGAGCCGAACAGCAGAAGGAAGGAAGUGAAUCAGGGAAUGUUUUUUUUUUUUUUUUUGUUCUGCCCUUCUUUUUGCCAGAGCUAAAGAGCUCUUUUUAUAGCCAAAAAUCAUGUGUUGGCACAAUGUAAUUGGAUUUGAGAGGUUAUAGGGGCCGCUCUAUGUUUGUGUAACUUAUCGAUUGGGUUGGACCGGUUUGGGUAUGUGAAGUGGGCUAAACCAGUUUGGUUGACAUGGGCAUGAAUUAGGUUACCCAAUUUGUUGGGUUGGGCAUUGCGCUCCCGCUCCAGAGAAAUUUGCUUCUUUGUUUUUGGCGACGGCCUCGUCUAGGUUCAAGGAACGGAUAACCAUGGCGGCCGAUGAAGUUCGAGACGCCGUACAAGUUGGUGGAGAUUUUGAACAGAAUACAUCGACGAAGUUGGAGAUCAGCUAGCAUGAAAUUGGAUGGGGGUUGAUGAUUUGGUCAGCCAAUUUGUUUGGUUGGGCCUUGCGUUUGAUCACGAAUUAGUGAACUUGGAAAGUGAAAUCAAAGGAAGGAAAUGAAAAGAGAAAGCGAGUAGAAUUGACAGAGAAAUUGGGUAGUGGUGAAAUGCAGAUGAUGAUUGAAGGGAAAGUGAAAGAGAACAUAGGAAGGGAAGAUGAUGAGGUGUGGGGGUGUGGGCACAUGUGGCACAUCACAACACACGUGGCCAUAAUAAUUAUAAUAAAUAAAAUUUAUUUUUUCUCCAAUUGUAAGCAUUAACUAAUAUAAAAUAAUUGAAGUAAAUUAUGGUCUUAAUUAUAAUAGGAAAAUAUCCUUCAUAUUCUUGAAACUUCUUAAAACAACUUCUUAAAACAAGUAUGAAUAAUUCAAUUGAGUGUAGUUCAAUUGAUUUUAUUGAUAUAGUUGGCCAAAUUUUAUUACUAGUAAUUGAUAAUAUUGUUAUAAUCAUGACGCUUUUUACACGCUCUUAAUAUCAAUUCUUUACAAAAUAGAAGCUUUCACGCUCUCGCUCCCGCUCCACGAUCUGGUUACCUAAGGCAUGAUUGGUGAAUUGAGGUUUUUGGGCUUUUGUGUGGACUGACCCGUUGACUGGCAUUGACCAGAGUUGACUGGACUUUGACUUGGGCAGGCUUGGAUCAUUUUAUUUUGGUAGUUGUAAUUAGUUGUUAUGUAAUAUAAUUGUAUUAGUAGUUUUUAUUUAGUAAUGUGAUUGUAUUUAACGUAAUUGUAACUUAUUUUAGUGAGAUGUUAUUUCUAUUCCUAAUUCUUCUUUUCUUUUAUCUAUUGAAACCAAAGUCCAAUCUCAUAAGACCCAAUGUUUUAAUAGCCAAUUACACAAUAAAUUUUGUGACCAAAACUAAGUGAAUGUUAAUUCAUCUAAUCAAAGCAUGUCAUCCUUAUCAAAUUGUACCAAUUAAGAUUAGCUAUUGCUAUUCUCAUUGAUCCGCAUUGUAACGAUGAGCUAUGGCCAACAAGACUCCUCAUUCCAACACUAAAAAUACAUUUUUCGUUAAAAGAUCAUUUAAGAUGUGCUAUUGCCAACCUUAAACAAAAAUUAAAUUUUACUUCAUUAUAUAUGUUUUACCUAGGGCUGUCCAUAUGGUUUUGGUUUUUUGGUUUUAACCGAAACCAAACCAAUUGGAAAGCUAAUGGUUUCUAUUUUUUGGUUUUAAACCAAUAAGCAACUUAAUGGUUUUGGUUUGGUUAAAACCGAAAAACCAAUAGAAACCAUUAAGAAACCAAUAAGAACAAAAUUAUUUAUUAACAAAUUUUGUUUUUUUUACACGCAUGCCAACCAAUAAUUUGUAAUGGCCAUUUAUCAUUAUUAUGACGUUUAUUCAAUAAAAAGGAGAAAAAUGAGAAUAAAUAUGAGUGUAUGAG